AAAAUCGGGUAGAUCUUCACAAACAAAUGUGGAAACAAAUUGGGGACGCUUCUUCAAAGUUUGUGUCUUCACUCUUUCAGUUACACUUUGAAUAUUUUCCCUCUAUAAAUUCAUUUUCUCUCUCCUACAAAAAACCCUAAAUUUCCGAAUUUUUUGUCACUCUCAUCCAAAGUCUUUCCGCCAUGGAAACUUUGAUGAGCUCAGGCAACAUCUCCUCCAUCUCUCCAAUCAAAACCUCUAUCAAUUCAUUGACUCCUCGAAAAUUUCCCGCCCAAUUACCAUUAUUUAAGUUUUCGAGCGAAAAUAAAAGAGUUUUUAAGAACUCUUUGAAGGUUGUUGCAGAGGAUAAUAAAGCUGUUGAUUCUCGCCCUCUCAUUGUCAUUGAUAACUAUGAUAGCUUCACUUAUAACCUCUGUCAGUAUGUGGGAGAAUUGGGUACAAACUUCGAGGUGUACAGAAAUGAUGAGAUCUCUGUGGAGGAAUUGAAAAGGAAAAAUCCAAGGGGAAUCCUUAUAUCACCAGGUCCAGGUACACCACAAGACUCAGGAAUCUCAUUAGCAUCUGUGUUGGAAUUGGGCCCCACUGUCCCGAUAUUUGGUGUUUGUAUGGGCUUGCAGUGCAUCGGAGAGGCUUUUGGAGGCAAGGUUGUGCGUUCUCCAUACGGGGUUAUGCAUGGGAAAAGCUCGCCCGUGUACUAUGAUGAAAAGGGGAGUCAUGGGUUGUUUUCAGGCUUACCCAACCCCUUCACUGCUGCACGGUAUCAUAGUCUUGUGGUUUCAAGGGAGGACUUUCCUGAUGAGCUUGAGAUUACCGCAUGGACUGAGGAUGGGUUGGUCAUGGCUGCUCACCAUAAAGAGCACAGAUAUCUACAGGGGGUCCAGUUUCAUCCUGAAAGUGUUCUCACUCCAGAAGGAAAAGGGAUUAUUAAGAAUUUCAUCAAGAUGAUUGAGUGUGACGAACAAUGAGACUGCAUUAAAAGCUUUCGAAGUGAUUUAUAAUGUUGUCAUAGCUGUUAAAAGCUUUUCGAAGUGGUUUAUAGUGUUGUCAUAGCUGUUGUUUAAGUAAUUAGGUUGUCUUGGCAAUAAGAUCACAAUGUAAUCUUGCUGAAAUUGUAGAAUAUAGUUCUGUUGUAGUUGGUUAAAAAGCGGAGUUUUGCUCCCAUUUUAGUGUAAUUAUUGUAAUAAGCCAAUGAACAGUAUAGUUCUAAUGCAACAUUAUUAAUUGCAUACUU